CCAAAAAAGGUUUUAGCAAUGAGCAAAAUUUGGAGUGAUAUUCUUUAUUCUUGCAAAGUUAAAAAUACAAAAGAAUAUAAUAAUUGUAUUCAUCAUUUAUAUAUUGCAACACCCAUAUCAUCAGAUGAUGAAUCUGUUGAAGAAGAAUUAACUGUUACUGAUUUGAAUUGUCAAAUGAAUGAUAAUGAAUACGAAGGUAAUGUUGAGGAAGAAGCUACCAGGUUCAGUAAUGCUAAAGAAGCAGAUACCAGGUCCAGUAAUGUUGAGAAAGCAGCUACUAGGUCUAGUAAUAUUGAGGAAACAGCUGCUAGGUCUAGUAAUGUUGAGGAAGCAGCCACCAGGUUCAGGAAUUGGACUAAUAAAAAUUUUGAAGAUGAAUAUUUAGUCACAGAAGAAGAACAACAAUGGGAAAAUACAAUUAAUGAAUGGAUAGAACUUGAAGAAUAUGAAAACCAAUUUGAAGACCAAGGUAAUGAAAUUUUAUUAACAAAUAAUUGGAACACUGAUUUUGGUUUUGGGAGACGAGAAAAACAUCCAGUUGAUGAUGAGACAGCAAAAUGGCCUUUAGAUUCACUUUUCAUUUCUUCUUUAGAAGUGCCACAGUAUUUUGACUCAGAA